AUGGCGCCCAAGAAGAAGAAGUCCGGCCCUUCGGCCCAGCCAUCUACCUCGAAGGCUCCGCUGCCCGCGGCUUUGGAUGCCGCAGAGGAUGCGGGGGUAAGUGAGGACGUGAGCGCUGCUGGGGGCAUGGCAGGAGCAGGUGGCGCCAUCGCCACUCCCCCUGCGGCCAACACGGGGGCUGAAGGCGUCGGAGGAGAACAGCUUCAGCAGUGUUUCGACGGUCAAACUCCGCAAGGUGUGGAUGGUAGGGUGACUCCGCUUACGUCCCCUCCUCCCACCGGCGGGCGCAGCCAUAGCAACGGCGCUCGGUCCGGGAUGAGCCAUCGUCCUCCGGCCGUCCCUGCUACGGGAGCGUUCACGGCACCCGUGUCUCCUCCCGUGCGAGCCGACCCAACCACUUCGCCCGACCGAGCCGCGGACCCUCGAGCGCCAUCGCCACGCGACCCCGCUGCCCAGGUGGCCACCCCACCACAGCGCGGACGCGCCACUGCUGCCGCGGGCACCGUCAGGAGCCAGGCGAUGGUGCGGUCAAGGUCAUCAACUUCCAUGCCAAGCACAGCCACGGAGGCUAUGGCGCGGGCCCAGCUGCUACUAAGGUUCCCGCCAGCAGCCGAGCAAAUGGAUGAAUGGUGUGACACCAUCCAAAGUCUGCUCGGUUUCGCUGAGGCUGGGGGCUCGUAG